AUGGCAAACUUCCUCGAGGAGAUAUGGAACUCCAUCUUCAUUCCGGGCACCACGCCGACGUUGCUCAUUGCGACCAACGUUAGCUUCGCUGCCUUGCAGCUGGUGUUGUUCGCGCUGUUGCUCGCGACAUACAGCAUCCACUUCUUGAUCCUGUCAUUCAUAUCAGGGGGGCUCUGGAUCUCGAUCAACUGGUUUGCCACGGAGCUCAAGAAGGAACAAGCGAAAGAGGCCGAAAAGAAGGCGCAGGAUGAGGCGAAAGCAAGGCAAAACGCCGACGAUAGCGACGACACGGAGGUGGAACCGGUGGACUCCAAGGCAAGAUCCCCGAUCCAAGAGGUGUCUGCGAGCAAGGAGGUGGAAGUUGUAGAGCCGCAGGGUGAACUGAAACAGAGGUUGGACACAUUGCCAGAGAACAAGUCUGGAGUCAGCACAGAGGAUGAGUGGGAGAAGGUCUCGGAAAACGAGACUGAGAAGGACAAAUGA